AUGUCGGGUCUAUCUAUUUUCCAUAAUAACGUGAGAAGUCUCAAACGAAAUUUAGAGAAUUUGCAAGUCCAAUUAUUAGAUGAACUUGAUUUCCAUUUUAAUAUCAUUGGUGUUACCGAAACAAAAAUUACAAAUUCAACACAACUGAAUUUCGAAACAAAAAUUCCGGGCUAUGAAUUUGAAUAUAUUCCUACACCUCUGGCUUCUGGAGGUGUCGGAAUGUACAUUGAUAACACGUUGGAGUAUACAGUAUUGGAAAAAUGUACAAACGAUGCGUUUCAAGCCUUAUGGAUUGAAAUAAUUAAUCGCGAUAAGAAAAACAUAAUUUGUGGAAUCAUCUACCGCCAAGAGACGAGCCAAUCGUAA